CAAAAUGGCGAAACGAUGCGGAAACGAAACAUUGGCUUGUCACUUUGACUGCGUGUGUGUGUGAGUGUUCGGAGCACGGGCGGCAGUGCACGAAGAAUAUGUAAUUUGUUGUGAAAAUCAAUUGAGUGCCCAAAUAAAUAAAUAUAUUCAACUGCAAAACAUAGUGGAAAUGUGCAUUUAAAUGCACAAAUGUACAAGUCAAUCACGAAUGUCAACAGAAAAGAAAGCGUGGUAAACACAAAAGAGAAUACCCACAAAAACAAAACAAAACACAUUUCAAAUUCAACGUUCCUUUAAGCGCUUUGCCUUAACUUGAGACUGACAACAACAACAACAUCAACAACUAACAAAUUGAAAUUGGAAAUUGAAAAUCGUCAGUUGGGAUUUUCAGAGGGGCAUAACAUGGGCAAACGUAUUGCAUCGGAACGCCAGCAUGUGACGCCGCCGCAAACGGACACCAAAGCACAUCCGUCAGAUCGCAGUGCACGAAAACGCAAGCGAUCAGCUGUUGUUAAAGCCUCCCAGGUGGAGAAGUGUCAACGCCUGAGUGCCGGCGGCUCCACGGAUAACAGUUGCUCCUGGCAUGAGGACAAUGAUGAUGAGGACUCCUCCUCCUCCUCAUCGGGCCAAUCGGGCAAUGAUGCGAUACUUCAAACACCGCAGCCUCUGUCACGUGCUCAAUGUCCAGUCAAUUCACGCGCAUCCUUGCUAUCCCUGGCCACAUUUGCCAGCGGCGGUCACAGCGAUCACAACAAUUCCAAUGCCAACGAUUCACCGCGACCGGUUUACACACUGCGUCCCUCUGUUGUCAAUGGCACCAUAUUGAGGGAUGUGCUCUCCAAGGCUUGGCGAUUAGGUCGUCCCAUAGGCAAAGGUAACUUUGGCGAAAUAUUUCUCGCAUCGGAUGAUACGGUUUGUCCAGUUUCCUCGGAAAGUGCUAAAUAUGUGGUCAAAAUAGAACCACACUCCAAUGGUCCGCUCUUUGUGGAGAUACAUUGCCUUAUCAAUACAAAUCAAACACAGCUUACAGAAACGGCAAAUGGAAGCGAGGAUAGCAAAAUUGAGACAAUGCCAGCGCGGAUUAGGAAUGGGCCACCCUCUGGCAUUCCAAGUUACAUUGCCUCGGGCACACAUCACUUUGGAGAUGGACGCUAUCGAUUUCUGGUGCUGCCACGCUUUGAUCGAGAUCUGCAUUCGCUGAUCAAGAACACGCGGGUGGCCCAAAAGUCACUCCUGGUGCUGGCCAUACACAUCAUAAAUGUGCUGGAGCAUUUGCACGACAAGGGCUAUUGCCACAAUGACAUUAAGGCACAGAAUCUAAUGAUAUCCAAGUGCAAGUACCUCAAGCGACAGGCUGUGCAAGGAGCCAAGAGCUAUGAUGAGCACUACGAGGAGAAACAGCAGACAACCGAUAGUGGCAACAGUUCCGAGCAGGAGGCCAAUGACGAUGACUAUUUCAUAAAGAACGACAAGUUUCCGAUAAAGCGUGUUGCGGCUAUCAAGGAGGACAACUAUGCGGAGGAUGAGGACGAGGACUUUGAUGAUGGUGCUACCACGAACAGCAACAAUAGCAACAGCAUGGACAACAUGUACCACACACCAGUGAACAAGAAUAAGCGACGUAUGCGCAACAAUGCCGUCGAAUUUAGCGGCUCAAAUCCAAUGCGAUCGUGUCGUCGCAACGAUACGGGCAACUCUAGUUCCACAAUGUACGAGGAGAUGGUCAAGUCACACUAUUUGCGACCAUCUAAGCGUGUCAGCUACAUCGAGUUCUUCAACGAGGACGGCUAUCCGGUUAAAGCGGAUGACAUCAAAGAGCGAUCGCCGGCCAGCUCCGACAAUGAAUGGGAUGAGUUUGUGACGCCUUCGGCCCGGCGCUCCAUGAAUGUGACUGCAUCUAAGCGCAGCGCACGCUCCUCCGCCUGUAAUUUAAAAACUACGCGUGCCACACGACGUCAGGAGCAAAAGCAGCAACAGCAGCAACUUAAAAGCGAUUUGAACGGCACUGUUCGCACUGAUGUAGUCCGAAAUAAGCGCACGCCAGCGCAGUACCAGUUAAUGCCGGUGAUAGAGGAGCACAUAUUCUUAAUUGACUUUGGUCUGGCCUCCAAAUAUCAGGAUCGUGGCGUGCAUCGUCCGUUUAUCAUGGAUCAGAGACGUGCACACGAUGGCACAUUGGAGUUCACCUCACGCGAUGCCCAUUUGGGGGCGCAUUCGCGUCGCAGCGAUUUGGAGUGCUUGGGAUACAAUUUGCUGUACUGGUCGGAGGGAUAUCUGCCGUGGAAGGAUGUGGCCCAGCAGCAGCAGCAGGAGAAGGUGCAUCGCGCCAAGGAGUUGUUCAUGACCGAUGUGUGUGAAAUGCUGCGACAGUUUUAUGGCAAACAGGUUCCUAAAUAUUUGGGCGAAUUCCUCAAGCAGAUUGGACAACUCGCAUACCAAGAGCGUCCCAAUUAUGAACGCUAUCGCAACAUAUUUAAGCGUGAGUAUCGACGUCUCGGUUACGACUGUAGCGAAAUGCGAUUGAGCAGCGUUGAAAUCCAGCAAACACGAGUUUCUAUCAAGGAUGAAGUCGAUGGAGGCGCAAAGUGCGACAUAUUUGAGCUGAACAAUAAAAUUGCAUGCAAUGUGAUGCGCAAUUCAACACUCAGCACGCCAUUCCAGGAGCACUCGCUUACGAAUCGUGUAUCGCCCAAGAAUCUGCGUUCCAAGUCUGACACAAAGAAUGUCAAGAAGAAGAAGUUCUCAUGGGCGGAGGUGCUAUCCCAGGAUCCCGAUCAAAUAGCUCGAGAGCGAGCAGUCAAAGAGUUUGAGCGUGAGGAGGUCAUAUGCCCGCUACAGUCACGUCUGCCCAGACGCUACGAGGGCAAACCCACCUAUGCCAUACUGGCGGUGGAGCAAAGCAGACGGGACAAGGGACUGACGGUGCCGGAACACAACAACGAGGCUGCAACUGAGCAAAGCAAUGCACCAGAGACCGAAGACACUAAUAAUGACGAAGACGACAACGACGACGACGAAGAUGAGGAGCAGCAGGAGGAAGAGGAGGAUGUAGAGGCGGAUGCCGAAGAGAUGGAGAUUGAUGAGCGGCAGAGCGUAGAAAGCGAAGCAACCGAAACUGUGCCCAGUAGAGGCCGGGGAAGAGGACGGCCACGUAACGGAAGCAAACAAAGUCAAGUGCAGCAGAUGGCCAAAGGGAAAAGUACGCGUAAACGAACUGUGUCCAGCAGGUCGAGAAAUGGUAAUGGCCACAGUCACAUAACACCAUUAACAGCGGUUGGGAGCAACAAACGUGGCUGUGCCACUCAUAAGGAGAAUGCCACAUUGGCAUCUGCCACCGGUGAAGUGGAGCACAACAAGCUGAAAUCCAGUCGGCCAGCGGUUGAAGUGGAUGAUGUGAAUCAACCCAAACAGCGGCGACCGCGUCGUUGUCUAUAUAAGACUGAAUCACAAUUGCGUGGCGAACAGGAUGUGGAGAACAACUCCAACUAUGCCACGAGCAUGCAAAAUGUGUACAGCUCAUGGCAAUAUGAUGAUGAGAACAGCUACGGCAAGGGGCGUAAUGUCAACUCGUCCAGGCAUUGUCGCAAGUGAUAGAUAGUUAGAUAUCCUACCAUACCACACCAUACCAUACCAUAGCUACAAAACUAACUAAGAUGCGACAGCAUGAUGAAUAAUGAAUGCAGCAGUUGCAUGUGGCACGAAGUAAAGUAUUUUUUAGGAAUAAAUUCACUUAUGUGAGAAAUGAAUAGCUAUGAUCAAAAUGGCAGGCAAGUUGUCCUGAUCCUGAUUACGCCUUUAACAGAUUGGCACUGGAUCAACAUUAGUGUGUGUGUGUGUGUUCACUCAACAGCACUCAUAAAGAAUAAAAUACCACUUAAGUUUUGUAAUUUCUGUUAUUUUUUUAAAAAAGUUUUUAAGCAAUUAUAUUUUUACUCUAUCGAGUUCUGAAGCUAUAUCAUUAUUAAGCAGAUAUUGUUACAGUACUACAUACAGAUAAAAACUAGUUGAGAGAUAAAGAAGUGAAGUGUUGGGUUGGUUAUAUAUUGGCCUUGAUAGCAAAUGAUUGUUUAAUUUCUAAUCUUUAUAAUUUGCUAAUGUUUUUAAGUUUCUCACUUUAAGUUGCACCCAUUCGAUUAAUUUACAUAAAUGUAAUCCCCUCAAAAAAAGUAUUUAAUAUAACUAGAUGAAGGUUAUUAAUGCAUACAAAAUUAUUAUAAAAGUCUAAGAUAGGAUAUAAACUGCGGAUAUAAAUAAAAUACAUAGAAACUAUAUGUCUUUAACAAUUA